AUGGCCAGUGAGGUGAAUGAGGAAUUCCUAAAGCUGAAUCACGAACAUGCCAUGCACGCCAGAAAUCCAGAUCUCUUGUCACUCUUGUCUUGUCAUUUGAUGGGGAACCGGUCAUCAAGCGCGAAGCGCCUUGAACCUUCAUUGCAAGCAAUGGCAGCGGCAGAGGAAGGCGUUUGCAAAGUUGACGAUGCCAUCUGCGUUGCCAGUUCUUCUUCCCUUGAGACCUCCACUGCCAGUGGCGCUGGCAGUGCUGCCAGUGGCACUUCUAGCACUUCUCCUUCCUCUUCUGAAUCCCUGAGUCUAGCGUCGUGCCAGGGAUUUCAGGAGGAAGAACUUCCCGAUGAUGGUGGCAAAGAUGCGUCCCGAGAGAUCCAUGCACGGAUUCAACAAAUAUCUGCUGAGGAAAAUUGGCCCAACGGGCCGAGCACUGUUGAAGAGCUGUUUAGAUGGCAGCACUACAAUGCAUCCCGUCUCAUUGGUGAAGCUUGUAAAGCCACAGCUGAGGAGAAAACCAACCGGUUGAAAAGGCUGAGCUCAUUGCUGUCGUUGGAUUGGGAAAUCAACGAAGCAUACGCAGGAACAGGGAAUGCAGCUGUAACGCUCCAUCAGCAGAUUACAGCUUUUCAGAGGGAACUGCGCAUGGUGGCCAAAAACGAAGGCAUUGAUGUGCCAACUUUUGGCCGUGUCUACACUGCUACAAGUUGUGAUAUCGAAGAGCACUGCAGACGUGUCCUGAAGACAUUGCCAGAGGACAGACUGAGUCUGAGUCAUUGA